UAUUAACAGCUGCAGUUCACUGUCGUUGAUGUAAGCUAGUGUGGACAGCAGCGGAGAGAAAGGUGUUAUUUCCGAAUGUCAUUGCAUAAUCCAGAAUGUUUUUGUUGUAUUUGUUUUCAUAGUGGUUGAUUAUGGACUGAUAUAAUAAGUGCGCGUUAAAGAGAAAAGCUUUUGCGAGUGCAAACAUGUUCGGUCGAUCGAGGAGCUGGGUGGGAGGACAAGGGAAAUCCAAAAGCAUCCACUCUCUGGACCAUUUAAAGUACAUGUACAAUGUCUUAACAAAAAAUACGACAGUGACGGAUCACAACCGAAAUCUGCUUGUGGAAACCAUUCGUUCGAUAACCGAGAUCCUGAUUUGGGGAGAUCAAAAUGACAGCUCGGUGUUCGACUUCUUUUUGGAGAAGAACAUGUUUGCGUUUUUCCUCAACAUUCUCCGCCAGAAGUCUGGACGCUAUGUCUGUGUUCAGCUCCUGCAGACACUCAACAUCCUUUUUGAAAACAUUAGCCAUGAAACAUCUCUGUAUUACUUGCUCUCCAACAACCACGUCAAUUCCAUCAUUGUCCAUAAGUUUGAUUUCUCCGACGAGGAGAUAAUGGCAUACUAUAUCUCUUUUCUGAAGACCCUGUCCCUGAAGCUUAACAACCACACUGUCCAUUUCUUCUACAAUGAGCACACUAAUGAUUUUGCCCUGUACACGGAGGCCAUUAAGUUUUUCAACCACCCCGAGAGCAUGGUCAGAAUUGCUGUCAGGACUAUCACUCUGAAUGUGUACAAAGUGGACAACCAGCACAUGCUCCACUACAUCCGGGAUAAAACGGCCGUUCCCUACUUCUCCAACCUGGUGUGGUUCAUAGGGAGCCACGUCAUCGAGCUGGACAAGUGCGUGCAGACGGACGAAGAACACAGGAACAGGGGGAAGCUCAGUGACCUGGUCGCCGAACACCUGGACCACCUGCACUAUCUCAACGACAUCCUCAUCAUCAGCUGCGAGUUUCUGAACGACGUACUGACGGACCACCUGCUGAACCGGCUCUUCCUGCCCCUCUACGUGUACUCGCUGGUCAGCCACGAGCAGGAUGAAGAUCGCAAGAUUAGCCCUCAGGUGUCCCUGUACCUGCUGUCACAGGUCUUUCUCAUAAUCCACUACCAUCCGCUGGUCAAUUCCCUGGCCGACGUCAUCCUGAACGGGGACCUGUCGGUGUUUUCUCUGCAGACAGAGCAGGACACGCACAAGAGUUUGACCAACACCAGCGUUCGUCGGUUUACCAAGCCCGUGGAGAGCCUGGAGCGCUCACUGGAGAUCAACCGCCAUCGGGGGCGCAAGAGGGCACAGAAAAGACCCAACUACAAGAACGUGGGGGAGGAAGAGGAGGAGGAAAAAGCUCCUGAGGAAGGCCAGGAGGACCCAGAGAAGGUCAAAGGUAUAGAGGCUAGCUCAAAGAGCAGCCGAACCUGCGGGGACACGGAAGAGAUCGAGAUGGUGGUGAUGGAGAAGUCGAAGGUUUCCGAGACUUCCUCCCUGACGGAGCAGAACAUCACGGACGAGGAGAAGACAGCCGCCGCCGCUGCAGGGACCCAGGGCCUGAGGAGCAGGCCUUUCUUGGACAUGGUUUACAAGGCCCUGGACUGCACGACCGAUGACUACUACGCCCUCUUCGUCCUUUGCCUCCUUUAUGCCAUGUCUCACAGCAAAGGUAUAAACUCUGAGCUCCUGGAGAAGCUGCAGUUGCCAGUUGAGGGGGAUCAGCAGAGGAGCAGCUAUAGCCAGGUGCUGGUAGAGAGGCUGAUCCGCGUGAUGAGCCAGGCAUCUCAGCCCGACGGUAAGGUGCGCUUGGCCACUUUAGAGCUCAGCUGCCUCCUGCUGAAGCAGUCGGUCCUGUCCCCCAGCGGCUGCAUCAUCAAAGACGUCCACCUGGCCUGUCUGGAGGGUGCCAGAGAGGAGAGUCUGCACCUCCUGCGGCGGUUUUACAAGGGAGAAGAGAUUUUCCUUGAUAUGUUCGAAGACGAAUACAGGAGCAUGACGAGCAAGCCUCUAAACGUGGAGUACCUGAUGAUGGAUGCCUCCAUCCUACUGCCCCCAACUGGCACCCCACUGACUGGCAUCGACUUUGUCAAGAGGCUGCCCUGUGGUGACGUGGAGAGAACGCGCAGGGCCAUCCGGGUGUUCUUCAUGCUGCGUUCGCUGUCGCUGCACCUGCAGGAGGAGCCCGAGACCCAGCUGCCCCUCACCCGCCCCGAGGACCUGAUCAAGACCGACGACGUGCUGGACCUGAAUAACAGCGACUUGAUCGCCUGCAUGGUGGUGUGGAAAGAUGGCAGCCAGGCCCAGCGCUUCCUGGCGGUGGAUGUCUACCAGAUGAGCUUGGUGGAGCCAGAGACCAAGCGCCUGGGCUGGGGGGUGGUCAAGUUCGCCGGCCUCCUGCAGGACAUGCAGGUGUCUGGUGUGGAGGACGACAGCAGGGCUCUGAGCGUCAUAAUCCACAAGCCCGCCUCCAACCCGCACGCCAAGCCUUUCCCCAUCCUGCAGGCCACCUUCAUCUUCGCCGACCACAUCCGCUGCAUCAUCGCCAAGCAGCGGCUGGCCAAGGGCCGCAUUCAGGCGCGCCGCAUGAAGAUGCAGAGGAUAGCAGCACUGCUGGACCUGCCGGUGCAGCCCUCCUCGGAGGUUCUGGGUUUCGGGGGAGGCGCGGCCUCCUGCUCCCAGCAGCUCCCCUUCCGUUUCUACGACCAGGCCCGGCGCGGUCUCACCGACCCCAGCGUGCAGCGCUCCGUCUUCGCCUCCGUCGACAAAGUGCCAGGGUUCGCGGUGGCGCAGUGCGUGAGCCAGCACAGCCCCUCCCCCCUGUCCUCGCCGUCCCCGCCCUCCAGCGGCAGCGCCAGUGGGAGCGGGAGCACGGGCCGCUGUGACUCCAUCACUCCCAGCACCGCGUCUGCCCAGAGCCCCGCAGAUGACGCGGCGUUCCUGGACCGGACUCCCACCGAGGCGGAGCCCGGAGGGGACCCGGCGGAUCCCGUCACCCCGCCCCUGGCCCUGGCCCCCAGCCUCACCCCCGCCCCCCAGCCCACCAUCUCCCUCCUCUCGGACGACAACGGUGACGCCCUCAGCGUGGAGUCCCUGACCCUGCUGCCCCCGGCCGACCCCCCCCGCCUCCGCGCCUUCAGCGCGCAGUCCUCCCGGGAGGAGGAGCCUCCCCGGGCGGGGCCCGCCGAGGACACGCCCGCCCCGCCCCCGGCACAAUCGGACAGCCAGGAGCAGCAACCGGAGGAAUGAGACCGAGGUCCAAUCAGAGAGGACUCUGCCCCACCUCCUACCCAUGCUGUGAGUUGGGGGUGUGGCCCAGAGUUGAUCACACCGCCCACCAUCCUUGGCUCUCAUAGCUCCAACUACAGACAGUGCUGUGUAGAUACUAAAGGCAGGAGUGACUGGACUUGCUUUCUGUGCUUGAUUCAGUUUUUCCUCUUUGUUUCUUGUUCCCUAUUCUGUCUAUUAAUUUACCGGUUCUGUGUAUUCAUUCCACAUAAGCCAGGGGAAAGACUUGCUUGUUGUCUUAGACAUUUCAACACAACACCACUCAUGUUACACUAUCCCUUCUUUUGCUUCCUUCCUGGGAUGUGCGUCAGUUUCUGGUCUCCUGUGAAUAAGAGGUGAAGGCUCUGCAUUGUUCCUCUACCGUCUCCUGUCCAGCACGGUGCUUUUUUCUACAGUUGUGAGCAGUUUCUGUACUAUAUAUAUGGCCAGUGGAGGCUGAGCUCUGCUGGGUUUUACCAGUCGCACACUAUGAAUGUACUCGUAUCUCUUUACGCAGGUCUUAAAGUGAUUCGUGCAACUUCAGCAAAGGUCACAUGGCACCAUGGCGGAGGUCGCUCCCUGAGAGUGGGGAAAGCCCAGGGACAGUGUUCGUUUGGACGCGCACGCGACACUUCCUCCAUCGUUGCUUCGAAAUCGAGGCCCUGCAUUUGGUUUUUGGCGAAUAUACAAGUUGCCGGAUAAAAUUAGACAAUUCUUCCUGAGAACUAUCCCUGGGGGGUCUUUUGCAUAGUGACCUGUCUCCACUGGAGCUUUGCAAGUCUGUAUUAAAAAGAAAAAGGAUGAGAUAAGAUAUUUUUUUUUUUACAUUUGAUCUCAUAUUUAUUUGAUCUCUUUUUGUAAAUUUCCAUCUUCGCUUGUCCGGAUCAGAGUCUGAGCGGAUAUCCGCCGUUGACUCCCAGAGCCGAGGGCCGGAGGGCUGUGCUGUAGGUCUCUGCCAACCUCAGUGUGGGGAAUAAAGGAACAGGAAGCGGGGAUGAUGAACUCUUUUCAGCAGUCACUCACUCCAUUGUUGGCCUCCGAUAGCGUCACGCUUCUCCCUGCGUUUCACCCCCUGUACCUGACGUGUCGUCUGCAGGCGUUGUCUGGCCCGUUUUGCUGCUCUUCCCUGUGGUUUCCCCUCCAAAGCACACUUACUCCUGUGCCGGUCUGCUGAUCUGCUACUGCACUGAACACAUAAUGGGCAGGCAAGGUCAGGGAAAAUAUGGUUCUGGUUUCAGUUUCAUCGGCCUUAUCAGUAGAGCUUUUUAAUCAUUCGAAGUUGAUGUCAACAUAGGCCUUUCACCUCUGAUCGAUUGACAGUGAUUUCAACGUUACUGGGUUUUAUUUUCUGCUUCCGAAGAAAAGCUGAAAGCCAGAUAAAAAUAAAAAAUAAAAAAAAGCACACAUUGGCAAACAACUUACAGACCCCGGUUGACUGAUUUCCCUAUUGGGGGAAAUCAGUUGCGAGCCGUCUCUGAAAUGGAUAACUUUUUGCAUUAUACUAGCGGUGCAAAAACAAAACUCAGUUCUCAGCUUAAUUUAAAGUACACUGUGUCCACGUUUGCUGAUGUUAAACAAUCACUCAUUCACGCUUCCCUUUGAGUGCCACUGGGCCUGUUGGUGUUGUAACGGAUUGAUUAAAGUGUUUCAUUGCAAAGCUCCCUCACCUCCCCUGGAUUAUUGGGUCUGACUUGGUCGCUAAUUUUUAAGAUGCAAACAAAAAUGAGAAACUGCCCCGGUGUAAAAACCCAGCUAUGACCAGCUUGAAAUGACCAGCUACCUGCCUUUUCCAAACCAUAGCUGGAGCUGGUCUGGACUGGUCAACCAGCUACCAGCAGCUUCAAAUCCUAGCUUGAGCUGUUUUUUUUGGGGGGGGGGGGGCUUUUCAGCAGGGUGCAGCUCUCAAACCGUAAAGAAUAAUUAGGUGAAAUGAGGAUUCAUGAAACAUGGGCAGGGUUGUACUAUGCAUUCUCUGACUUAAGUUGAGUUGAUCGUGUGUUUUGCCGUGGAGAACAAUGCAUUUUUCAUUUGUUCAAAUUUUCCAAAUAUUUGUUGUUCUACUCAUAGCUACAUUAAUGAAACCCCUAGCUCUCUAGCCUUCUUCCCACUAACUGCAGGACUGGUGGUAAGGAGUCACUGCAGUAUGUUUUCUUGCACGUGAUCCUAGUGUUUUUGAGAAGGGAGCGCUCUGCCCGCAAACAGCCGUCAAUCACAGUUCUGUGUACACCGGCGUUAGAGCAAAACGAUAGCAAUACUCAACAUUCAGCCCCCUCUACUUUGGGUAUGGCAGUAUUUUCAACUCUGUAAAUAAUAUCCUUCUAAAAAUGAUAAUACUACUAAUAAUGAUGAAAUGGUAGUUUGUGGUUCUGUAUGUUUUUAUGUUCUGUAAAUUGCAUCUGGUUUUAAUCUGUAAUUAUAUCAGACUUAAGUGGGAAAAAAAAUGAACAUUGUUACAAAAUGGCAAUAAAUAAUUGUACUCUCA